CAUCUGUACAUGGAAUAUGAUGAGGAUGAUGAUAUUUUCUUUGCAAAAUGGAUGAGCAGCUUCUGGGGCCACAACUUGAUCGAUGAAGAGAAGGAAGGCAGAGGCCACAAGAAACGUCAGCCACGAGUCUGUAGUGAAAGGAGAGCUUCUCUACCGGCCAAGCUUUCCUCCCUCCAUACAACACGACUUCAUGCUUCUGCCAAAGGCUCAUCUUCAGGCCACCUCAGGGGCUCCAAGGAAUUUCAAGAAGACCAAGAUGUCAAAUGCCACUGCCACAGGAAGGCAAGCAGAACACCUUCAGCAGACAGCUCAUGUCCAGAGACAAGCUCAAACUCCAUUCAGGAAUUUGCAGAGUCCUUUGAAAAGCAAUUGCGUCUCAAAAGCAAACGCUCAGUUUCUUUGCAACCUGAAGGUGCAAAAGAGAGACGAGAAAGAGAAAAAUUGCAUUUGAGAAAAAGCAAGUCUCAUAAGAAAAUGGGAGAGAAAUCAGAGGCAAGGAGAGACCGAGAAGAAGCUGAAAGUUCAGAAGUACCUGCAAAACAUGGCGAACAGCUUCCAUCACAAGCAAGCAUUCAGAAAGGUUAUGUAUGCACAGGCAGCUAG